GCUCGGCGUGUGCACUAGUCUUCUCCCGCUGGACAGCCGACAGUAACGGGAGGCUGUGAGCGCGCUCGGUCGGACCGGGAGGACAGCAUCAUGAAGUUGACGGUCCUCCUCCUCCUCCUUCUCUGCCCGCUGUGCCUCGCCGACAUCAACGCUCAAAGUGAGUUUGUGUCCUUGGCGGAGAUGGAGGACGCCCUCCUGAGGAACCUUUUCCAAGGCUACCAGCGCUGGGUCCGGCCCAUCCAGCACGUCAACGACACGGUCAGGGUCCGCUUCGGACUCAAGAUCUCUCAGCUGGUUGAUGUGGAUGAGAAGAACCAGCUAAUGACCACCAACGUUUGGCUGUGGCAGGAGUGGACCGAUUACAAGCUGCGGUGGAAUCCAGACAAAUAUGGAGGCAUCACUUCCAUCAGAGUCCCCUCUGAAAACAUUUGGCUCCCAGACAUCGUCCUCUAUGAGAAUGCUGACGGGCGGUUCGAAGGCUCCCUGAUGACCAAAGCCAUCGUCAAGUUCAAUGGUGUCAUCACUUGGACGUCGCCCGCCAGUUACAAAUCCGCCUGCACGAUGGACGUCACCUUCUUCCCUUUUGACCGCCAGAACUGCACCAUGAAGUUUGGCUCCUGGACAUAUGAUGGCAACAUGGUGGACCUGGUCCUCGCAGACGACCAGGUCGAUCGGAAGGACUUCUUCGAUAACGGGGAGUGGGAGAUCCUCAACGCCACCGGAGCCAGAGGGAACAGGAAGGACGACAUGUAUUCGUACCCGUUCCUCACGUAUUCCUUCAUCCUGAAGAGGCUGCCGUUGUUCUACACGCUCUUCCUCAUCUUCCCUUGUUUGGGUUUGAACUUUCUGACCGUCCUGGUGUUUUACCUUCCCUCGGACGAAGGAGAGAAGCUGUCGCUCUCCACCUCGGUGCUGGUGUCGCUCACUGUGUUCCUCCUGGUCAUAGAAGAGAUCAUUCCUUCUUCCUCCAAGGUGAUCCCGCUCAUUGGAGAGUACUUGCUGUUCAUCAUGAUCUUCGUCACACUCUCCAUCAUCGUCACUGUCUUUGUCAUCAACGUGCACCACCGCUCCUCAGCCACCUACCACCCCAUGUCGCCGUGGGUUCGUCAUCUCUUCCUCCAGAAGCUGCCGAGGUUGCUGUGCAUGCGCGGACACACCGACCGCUCCCACUACCCAGAGCUGGCUCCUGAAAGCCCAGAGCUGAAGCCUCGCUCUGGGGGUCGGAAAGGAGGCCAGAGAGCGAACACCGGAGCCCGCGGACAGACAACUUCUGAGGGGAAGGAAGACGAGGCGUGGGCGACCAUGUUGGAUAAGGCCGUCGACUCGGUGCGCUACAUCAGCAGACAUAUCCGCAAGGAGCACUUCAUCCGCGAGGUGGUACACGACUGGAAGUUUGUGGCUCAAGUGCUUGACAGGAUCUUCCUGUGGGCGUUUCUCACCGUCUCAAUACUGGGCACUGUCCUCAUCUUCACUCCAGCUCUGUACAUGUUUUUUAAAAUCCCUGCUCCAAUUGCAAGUGAGAGCCUUUAAGAAUCUAUGAAACACGUGUCACCACUGAGCAAGAGGAAGACAUUUUGUAAAGGAGAACUUUGACUCUUUGAUGGUUUCUUCUCUUGAUCCUGUGUGUAAAAUGUUCUCUAUGUCAUUAAGUCAUUGUAUGUGUACUUUGUAUGCACAUUAUACUACUUUUAAAAUUAUUAUUAAAUAAGACAAUCUUAGUGAACCUGAAUGCAACAUGUAUUGUUUUUCAGCCAAAGUCAUACAAUUUAAAAUCAAAACAUUUGGAUUUGGUGGAUCAUGGUCGAUUUAAGUAGAAUGCAGCGAUAAUGCACUAGAUUGCACAUAGUGGUCAUUUUAGAAAGGUACUUAAGCUCAAUUUAAAUGAAACAUGAAAAAAAACUGAAUAAUAAAGAUUCACGACAAAUUUCAUGAUUGACUAAAAUGAUGUACACCAAAGACAUCUUCCUCUUUCUUGUGUUAUGUUUCUAAUUUACAUUGCCUUUGAUUAGAUGCAUGUGGUCGACCAUCUGAAAUCCCAAAUGUCAAAUCAUCACAGUAUGUUCAUUUUAUACGCCACUAAUAAGUUACUUCCUGUAACUUCUUUUUAUUAGUAUAUUGUAAGAAACUUAAAGUAUGUAUUCUCUUAAGGUACCAACAACCUUUGAACUACCUUCCACAUUAUUUAGAGAUGCAACAACCUGUUAUAUGUCUGCAGAAUCUUUGAAGACGUUAUAGGGGAAUACGUUAGAGGAAUAAAUACAUUAAGAGCUCUAAUUUGUGAUGUUGCCUCUGAGCAGCCUGGACAUUUUUUCUGUUGUGUUUCUCUCCCUCCUCUCCCUCCUCACUGCACUAAUUGAAACCAUUUUAAGCAACGUAAUGUAUAAUGUAAUGAAUAAAUUGAGACUGAACAUUGA